AUGAAAUCAUUCUUUUUGGUGUCUCUGUUACUGGUCCUGGCUCUGGCUCAAGUCAGCGCAAAUUGUUCCGGGAACUGUCCGGACACGGAGCAGGUUGUCUGGGCUCUGAGCCCUGGUGGUGGUGGGUGCAGUGUCUUCCGGAAUAAGUGCUACUUCGCAAAGGCGAACUGUGUUCCCCUGACCAUCACCACUAAGGAGAAGUGUCAGAGUCUCUGCCCCGAAAUCUGUCCAUUGUUGUAUCGCCCCACAACGGGCAAUUACAGGGGUCAGAUUCGAGAGUUUAGCAAUGACUGCGAGAAAAAUGUUCACAGCUGUCGCACUGGCGAGACUUUUUUGUAA